ACUAACGGAACCGUACUGUUGUAUCAAUAUUUCCACCUAUGGGAAUGCUCCUUGUAAUAGCGCCGAACAUGCACAAGCAUUUUGUUUGAAGAAAAUAAAAUAAACCCUAACUGGAACCGUGGCGUGAAUAGCACAGAUCAUUCUACCACGGGGGUGGCUGUCAGAUGAACAAUUGAGAAUGGCCUGGAUUUGGAAGAGAAAAUCUGUCAUCGUCAUGAGUUUGAUCGUGGCCGUGUCUGUGUUUGUUGCUGCUGUCCACUACACUGAGAAGCCCUACGUUUUACUUCAACCUUAUUUUGGACAGUCCUUCAGCAACCGAUGGGUCUUUUCCCGCUUGCAGCACAGGUUUAAGUCUCACAGUGGAUAUGUCAGAGUGCCAAAGCAGGAGCCUCUUAAGCUGUAUUGCGAUCUCUGCAGCAUCGUUUCCAGCUCGGGCCAGAUGCUUGGCAGGGAAGCGGGAUCAGCCAUUGACCAGUCGUCUUGUGUGUUGAGAAUGAACAACGCUCCCACAAAGGGCUUUGAGAAAGACGUGGGUAGAAAGACGACUGUCAGAGUGGUGUCCCACACCAGCGUUCCUCUGCUGCUGCAGAAGCAGCAGUACUUCUUUGGACAAGCCAAUGACACCAUCUACAUCAUCUGGGGGCCCUUGCGUAACAUGAGGCAGGACGGCAAGGGGAUUGUGUACAACAUGCUGAGACAAGUCAUAGAAAACUACCCUCAAGCCAAGAUCUUUGUGACAACCGAAGAGCGCAUGAACUACUGUGACAAGGUGUUCAAAGAAGAAACUGGAAAAGACAGAAUUCAGUCAGGGUCAUACCUCAGCACUGGGUGGUUCACUCUUGUUCUCGCGAUGGACAUAUGCCGUGAUAUUCACAUAUAUGGGAUGAUAAAUGAAACAUACUGCAGGACCGAUGGGUAUCGCAAAGUCCCCUAUCAUUACUAUGAAGCUGGGAGCAGAGACGAAUGCACAGAGUACUUCCUGCACGAAAGCACUCCGUACGGAGGACAUCGCUUCAUUACUGAGAAAUCUGUUUUUGCUAAAUGGGCCAAAUCACAUGCCAUUCAAUUCUCACACCCAGCCUGGGCAAUUUCAUGACACCUUUUUUUUUAACUUAGACACAAAUAAAACUCCAGAAAUGUUGCUUGGAUGGUGCUGAGUGGCCCAAUCUGUAUCCAUUAGUCUUGUUUGUAAAUGGACGACAAAUAGUGGUGGGAUCAUUUUAUAAUUUGUCAAGAAAUUUGUAGGAAACAUCAAAAGAAAUAAUUUGUCAAGAAAUAUGUAGGAAAGAUCAAAAGCAAACAAGGACAAUCAUCAUUAAACAGCCAUUAAAGAAAUAUUUAAACUAUCACUUUAGAAAACAGAUGCACUUUCUCUGUAUAUUGCCUGUGGAAUUCCAAGGUUACACAGCUUCAUUAGUAUGCUGCAUACAAAGUAGGCAACUCAAAUUAUGGAAUUUAUUUCAGUUGUGACUUUGCUGCUGGU